AUGAAAAGAAAUCCUCGUGGAAAAUUCAUUGGUUCUCGGCAGAAAUUGAUGAUCGUAAACCUCUACAAGGCUAAAAUGGCUCAGCAACACAAUGCAGACGGCCCAAAAUUAAAAGCGAAGGAGAUUAUUAAGAAAAUAUCAGAAGAGAGUGGUAUAGGGCAAAGGACUGUCAGUGUUACUCUAUCGGAAUACCGAAAUAAAGGCAGUGUAAAAUCACUUAACAAAACCAAAGUCCGACCAACUGUUACGGAAAAAGAUGAUGAUUUUGACCAAGAUGCCAUUAGGAAAAAAGUUCACAAGUUUUGGCACAGGCGAUAAAUUCCAACGUUAAAGAAAAUUUUAACUGCAGUCAACGAAGACACAACU